AUGAAUCUCCACCCUGAUUGUCUCGCUGCUCUAAAAUACCCUACUUUUUGGGAGGAUACCAACAACCCUUCACUCAGAAAGUUUUUGGACUUUCGGCGCCUGGAAGGUGAUUUGGCUGAUUCAGAUACUGAGCACUAUCGUUACCAAUGUGAACUAGAUGCUUUCAGAAAGUAUUACACUGAAGAAUCUGAAGUUGACCAGAUAGUUUUGAAGUUGAAAAAGUGGGUUGAGGUGGUAUGCUUGCACGGACUACUUUGUGGGUGGUAUGCUUGCAAAGGAAAGGUGGAAUGCUCUGUCCGUAGUAGUUUUUGGGUGGAAGGCUCAUAUGGACAACUUGUGGGUGGGAUGCUCACAAGAAAAAGCGUGGAAUGCUCAUCCAUAGUUGUCGAGAUCAAUAAGACUCUUUUGGAAUUUACGAGACAUUGUACUGAAUCAGGGUUAGUUGAUGAGAAAUCCAAAUUGCAAUGGAAAGAAGGGAUGUUUGAAUUUGAAAGAACAGGUUUUUGCCAUCUUCGAGAGACUUCAUCUUCUGUGCAAGAAAAACAAAUCUCAAGCUAUACAUUCUACAAGGGGUCUGAGAUACAAACAAAUGACGUGAGUCUAGUCAAGA